CGGUACUAUAGCCGAAUAACAAUUGACAUAGUCUCAAAUUUGUAAAAUUAUCAAAAUAACUUGAAAUAUAUUAAUUUAUAAAUAUGUAUAAGAAAUUUGAUUAAUGCUACUUGUUAUUUCUUCUAAUUUAUCUGCUCACGAUCUAUGUUUCUAUUGAGCCACGAGCCACUGGGUACAGUAUACCUAAUGAUAAAACCAUAUUUAAGUUAAGCUGCGUGACUACACAGUACCCUUGCUGUAUCAAUUUUCAAGCGAUUUAACCGUGGUUGUAAGUAAAUAUACACGAAUAGUCAUGAUUAACGUGUCUAAUUCCAAACUCAUUCAAAUUGCCGCUAUUGGCGGGUUUAUCGUUGCAAGUACUGGCCUUUAUCUACAGAAUAAACUCAUAGAAAAAGUACGGGAAAUGGACUAUUAUAAGGUUGCAAUGAAAAAACUAAGAUCUCACCCAGGUGCCAUUUACCACUUAGGAGAACCAAUAAAAGACAAGCGCUUUAAAAUUACAGAUAACGAAAAUAAUUAUUGUGACCAAAAGCUUGCUAGAUUUAAAGUGCCAGUAUCUGGAGCUAAAGAACGUGGAACAUAUUUUUUCUGGGCUAUAAAUGACGGUGACAGUUGGUCACUAACAAAAGCAGAAUUGGAAUUAAAAUCAAAACCAGAUGAAAGAUUAGUCAUUAUUAAAGAAUACCUACUAACAAUAUUUAAAAUGUUUAUUGGUAAAGCUAAAGAGAAAUUCUCCUAUUACAACACAUUGUUAUGUUUAGUGAAAUCAUUGGAAAAUAAAAGCAUAACUGUUGAUCUUCGGAAUGAUUCAUGUGUGUGUGGACAACUUUCAUCUGUAGAUGGAUACAUGAACAUAUCUCUAUCUAAUGCUGUGUUUUGUGAUCCCCAAGCCAAUGAAUACUCAUUUGAAAAUAUUUUUAUCCAUGCCAGAAAUAUAAGAUAUGUUCACAUUCCCCAAUCAAUUAAUAUUAUAACAGCUAUAAAACAAGAGCUACGCUGCAAUAAAAGAGAGCCAAGAGAAAGACCGACAGCCAAAUCCAGAAAAGUACAAAAGGCUAUGAAGCAACAUUUGGAAACAGUGAAAUUAUUAAAUAUAAAUUCAACAGUGCCGCCAAAAUAAAUUUUACACAGA